CAGGCAAAUACAGACAGCCUGUGUUCAUUUCUGAACUACCCAUCAUGGCUUCAAGGCUAGAUGUCGUUUGUUACCUUGGGAUUUGCGGCUACUUUACAGAAAUGGCCCGUGCGCGUAGCUACUCUUGCGACUCCCGAGUUCCUGAAGAUACUCCUCCCCUACCAGCAUUGGUCGUUCCUUUGAUCUUUUCCUUCCUGUGAAUUGAAGGCGUCCUUAUCACGGACACAGUCUUUGAUCUGGAAUUGAAAUAAAUUCCAGUGAAGUCCGCUCACUAUCGUUCCUCCCGAUUGCUCGGUGCUGUCGCCGUUGACAUACAGCUCCUCUUUGCGAACUCGCGAUCGUCGAUCUUUUCGGAAGAAACAUCCCAAUUGACCAGCAGAUAUGGAUAAUCCGGAGGUCCAGAUUCCCCCCGCAGAAAAUAUAGAUGUGGAGAUGGAGGAGACGCGGGAACCUGUCGAGCAGCAAAAAGAUGGUACCGGAGAGCCAGUCGAGCAACAGCAAGACGCAGAGAGCACCCAGGAUGCCACAGUCGUCACCACUCAGGAUGAUAGCGUCGCAGUACAGGAGAAAAACGAGGGGCUCAAGUUUAUCGAUCACUUGAAAUCGCCAGUUGUAGAGCUCGUGGUAGGACAAGGAGAUGACCAGACUGUCCUGACUGCUCAUGAAGGAUUCUUGAAAGAAUCACCGUUCUUUUCAGAGGCCGUCGCUGCAUUCAAAGAUGGUGAAGCUCGGAGAAUAAAUCUACCAGACGAAUCCAUCGAUGCUGUCGGGUGUUUCUUACAGUUCCAGUAUACCGGUGACUACUUCCCACGACGAUUGCAGACUCCUGGGGGCGGAUUGGAACAUGAUCCCACGGCCCCUGACGUCGACGAUACUGGAGACCAACUACUCAAACAUGCCCGCGUCUACACUUUAGCGGAGAAACUGGGUGUGCCCGCUCUGAAAACAUUGGCGCAUUCCAAGAUCCAUCGCAUCAGUAGCACAGCCCGUGGCGAGAUCGCAUACGCCCGCUACGUCUACGCCAACACGUCUGCCGAUGAUGUUGUUAUUCGUAAGCCCAUUGCAGCUUUCUGGGCUACAAGGAGUCACGUCCUGCGUCACGAAGCCGAGAUGGAGUUCAGGACCAUGUGUCUGGAAUUCCCUCAGUUCGGAUUCGACGUCCUCAGCUUGGUUCUCGAUCAGAAAGAGAAGCGUUCACAGGACAAAGCAGAUGCAGAUUCUACGGUAAAAGGUAGCGCCAGGAAGAGACCGAGAUCUGGGCUAUGAAUAUCAAUAUGAACAUCUCUUUUAUCCGCAAUGUGCUCUUUUGUGUCUUCGGGGAACCCAGCUAUGAGUAAAAUAAGCUACGCAUCCGCAUGCGGUAAGGAACUUUUCGAGCAAAACUUCCACCUUUACGCCAGACACUCUGGGGUCUGGUGUUUCAUUGCUGGGACUCUUCCUUCACUACAGAACCUGGGACGAAGAACAAUAUGAACCAAAUAAUCGAAGAGAUAACGGGUUGUGUCAUUUUAGUUGUUUUAAGCAUGCGUGAUAUAUUGCAUGAUAUAUUGAUAGUACCCUCAUUGUAAAUAAAGGUGCUCUUUCUGCCACAGCUUCACCUACGCAAAAUUAUCCUUGUGUGUUCCAGAUACAGCAUUAUAAGCGGAGCUGAUGACCUCUAAUGUUCUUGGCUGCA